UCCAAGGGUCUGGAAGAGUGUUAGCAAAGAGCCAGGAAGAAAAUUCUAGCAAAGCCAUGAAGAUCAUAGGCUUUCUUCUCCUUAGUCUGACACUCUUCUUUCUCUACUCAGAUGUUGCCGUUGAAGCAAGAGAAAUACAGCCUGCUUGUAAGGGCUACCCCCGGAAUGCCUGCACCCUGGAGUUGAAACCACACUGUGGUUCUGAUGGCACUACUUAUGACAACGAAUGUUUGUUCUGUAAUGGAGUUGCCAAAAGCCGUGGGACACUUAGACUGAGUCACUAUGGAGCCUGUUAAAAAACCAAAAACUGAAGAGCAUCCAUUAAAGUAAAAACAUAUCCCUCACUCAUCCAUCAUUUUCUUGUUUCUGCUCCAGACGUUAAUGAAAAUGUUGUGUUGGCUUGAUUUGAUCUAUCAAUAAAGAAGAUUGACAGCA